CCCACUUAACCACAAAGCAAUUUUUCGGAAAAAGAAUAUUUUUAAGCCUUUUUUCAAUUUUAAACAAGUCUCAGGUUUAAACAUAGGCUUUUUCCAUACGAGAGAGAUGCUUUUUGCAAAUAAACAAAAAUCUAAAAUGCACCGCCGUCCUGGUUCUUUGGAGAAAAAUUCAGCAAAAAGGAAGAAAUCCUGUCUAGAAGGAAUGAUUGUAGAUGAAUAUACUACGCAACAACAAAGUCAGUCAAAUGAAGAUCAUUAA